AUGUGCAUAGGUAAAGCGUAUCAAGAACCAAGAUUUAAAGUAAACAACAGCAUGGCUUUUCGACAGCCAUGCAGUGUAUUGGCCGUCAGAUAUGCUAAAUGCGAACAUAUGGAGGCUAAAAAUAUUAUGACAUCAAUACCCGACAAUUUUAGUAUGAUAAACCUUUUUGGGGAACACCAUGAUGCAGGACCUUUGGACGAAAAGAAACACGAAGUUGACAUAUUUUGUUCAACUUCGUUAGACCAGAAAUCAGAAUUAUUCCAGGUUGAGAAAAAUUUAUCUGUUGGUGAACUAACAAACAGUUUUCAUGUUAAAUGUGUUCAUUUUACCUGUAAAAUAAAAGAAGAUUUUGUAGUGAAAAACGCUCUGGUAAAUGUUAUUCAGACUUGUGCACAGGAUGCAACAAAAACGGCAGUCAAUGCCUUUGAAGUAAUGAUGGCAGGGGGCAGAAAAUGUGUAUCGAGAAAGAGAAAAAGUGCUGGAAUGAAAGAAGGUCUGUCACGAAAAGACGAACUUUACAAUAACCUUGUUGAUGAUUUUGAGUCUAAAGGUUUAAACUUUCCGAAGGCAGUUGCUGAUAUAGAUGGUGCAUACAUUAUUCAGGUAUGA